AUGACUCAACCCUCCACUAUCGAGCAGAGAUUCCUCUCUCAGCCUACCCAGCUGGGUGUUGUCGCGGUGGGCUUCAAUGGCGGCCAGUGCAAGCUUGGCGUCGAGGCAGCUCCUAUGGCCCUCAUCGAAUCCGGCCUUCUUGAUCAGCUGCGCGAAGACCUUGACUAUGACAUUCACUACGAUAACACCGUCCACUACUAUGAAAAGCAGAUCCCUGCUGAAGACCCCGACCACCGGGGCAUGAAGAAGCCUCGUGCUGUGAGCGCUGUCACGGAGACGCUCAGCUCGCAGACCUACGAACACUCCAAGGAGGGGAAGUUCACUCUAACCCUCGGUGGUGACCACUCCAUUGCGAUUGGGAGCAUCUCGGGUAUUGCCAAGGCGACUCGCGAGCGCCUGGGGAGGGAGAUCGGUGUUAUCUGGGUUGAUGCCCACGCUGAUAUCAACAUUCCCGAGCAGAGUCCUAGUGGGAACAUCCACGGUAUGCCAAUGGCUUUCCUGACUAGACUUGCGAAGGAGGAGAAGAAAGACGUCUUCGGGUGGUUGAAGGACGACCACAUCAUCAAUCUCCACAAGCUCGUCUAUAUAGGAUUGCGGGAUGUUGAUCGUGGUGAGAAGAAGCUGCUCCGUGAGAAUGGCAUCAAGGCGUUCAGCAUGCACGACGUUGACCGACACGGAAUCGGUCGCGUCGUCGAGAUGGCGCUCGCUCACAUUGGAAACGACACCCCCAUCCAUCUGUCGUUCGACGUCGAUGCGCUCGACCCUCAGUGGGCACCUAGCACUGGAACCCCCGUGCGUGGGGGAUUGACUCUUCGUGAGGGAGACUUCAUCUGCGAGUGUGUGCACGAGACAGGUAACCUCAUCUCCAUGGAUUUGGUCGAGGUCAACCCCAGCCUCGAUGCCGUGGGGGCGUCCGACACGAUUCGAACUGGGUGCUCGUUGGUGCGCAGUGCAUUGGGAGAUACAUUGCUGUAG